GUACAUCAUGGUUUACAGUGGGCGGGAGUUAAAUACAGUGGAUUUAUUACGUUUUCAUCGACGCUGUUGUGUGGUUUGCCUUCAAAUUAUCAGUAUUGCUAAUCAAAAAUUACACUGUGACUUUGCGAAGUAGACAGAAGCAGUGCAAGGGAUCAAGUCGCUUUGAAAAGGAGACUUGAUCUGACAGAAACUGUAACUAGCAAGCUAACGUUAGCUUAUCUCGGUCAACGUAAAUCUGUCCAAAAGGGAUGCCGCUGCAAUCCAAGUCAGAAGGAUUCAGGGGUUCUUUGGACUUGAUGUCGUCUCAUUUAAUCGGCAUAAGAAGUUUUUCGAUAAAAGCUUUAACGAUAAAUCAAUCUCGAACGAGUAUCUUUUUAAAUUGCUGAAGUUUAGGAACUAACUGCUUUGACACAGUCAGUGCUUGCUAGCUAACUUGCAUAACAACAACAAAUCUGUGGCGCGUCCUCGCCCGUUUAGAGAAACAUCAUCAGUGAAAUUGGUAAAGACAUUUCAGUUUCACAAAGAGCGUCGACGUUAUCUUUGGCAGCAAUGAAACUGUUAGAGAACAGCAGUUUUGAAGCCCUGAGCUCUCAACUCUGUGUUGAAACGGGAGAGUCUCGCAUCCUUGGAAGGAUCGAGAGCUACUCCUGCAAGAUGGCUGGUGAUGACAAGCACAUGUUUAAGCAGUUCUGCCAGGAAGGGGAACCACAUGUCCUAGAGGCCCUCUCGCCCCCCCAGUCCAGCGCCACCAGCCCACCCCAACUGGGGAAGAGCAGUGAGGAUGGUGAGAACCCUCUGACUGACAAGUGUUGCAGGAAGACGUUGUUCUACCUCAUCACCACGCUCAACGAGUCAUUCAGGCCCGACUACGACUUCAGUGCAGCUCGGGGCCACGAGUUCAGCCGGGAGCCCAGCCUCAACUGGGUGGCGAAUGCAGUAAACGGCAGCCUGUACUCAUCAGUUGGAGUGGAGUUCAACUCCCUGGGGCCAGAGCUGUGGAACUUCAUCGACCAGGAAAUUAGCCUGCAGGAAUGUGACAUAUACAGCUACAACCCUGACCUGGACUCCGACCCCUUUGGGGAGGAAGGCAGCCUCUGGUCCUUCAACUACUUCUUCUACAACAAGAGGCUGAAGAGGAUUGUGUUCUUCACCUGUCGUUCCGUCAGUGUCCUGAGUGGGUACGGCCGCGGUUGUCUUGACAAUGAGUUGGACAUGGAGCUGAAUGAUGAUGAUGAGGAGAUAGAGGGAUUCACUGAGGACAGGUUCCCCAAAGCUCUCUGUGUCUAACGCUCUCCCGAUGGAAGACGAGCCCAUGCAGGCCAAAUAUGUAGGCCUAUACAUCCUCCCCGUUUGUUUUCUUUUCAUCAGUUUUUUUCCCUUUUUCUCAAUGUUUUGUAGAGCCUGACCCAGAAAGGCAUUUGCGCAUUUAUUUAGAGGAAGGAUAUCCCCGACAAGUGCAUGUUUCACAUCAGCUGGAUCAAAACCAUACCGUGAAGGACAUUUUUGAAAUGCCCAUGGUAUCUAGCCUCCCUUUUCCUAUGAUCUUUAUCCUCCAUCAUUGUCCCUGACUUAAGAACUGACCCUAUGCCUGGUCAUUUAAUGGAAGGACCUUCCUCUGAACCGCAAGGCCUUUCGAACAACAUCCUCGACUCCAAACCAGCCUCUGCUUGGACGCUGGACUCUGAUAGGAACCGUCCCAAGACCCAUUGGACUGGUCUUGGAGGUUUAUGGUCAAGAGAGACCAUGGACUGCUAACCCUGACAAGCACAUUUUCUCUUAUUGAAGAUCCCAGCAAAUGUCAGUGGAGAUGAUUAAGUCCACAGUUCAACGCUAAUUCACUAAUGAAAGGGGAGGGGCUAAUUACAUCAACGUGUAGGUCCAAUCUCACGCUGCCACACUAGGUAAAGGGUGGUACAACGAGAGCCAAUCCGAUUGAGUAUCCAGCUGAUUUCCAUUUGUGACUGCUUCCUCCUAGGCGUGGCUUUUAUGUUCGACAGUGACGUUACUGUGAGAACUGAACUUUCAUAGCACUGUUUUGAAACAUGCGGCAUUAGUAGUGGAACCUUGUAAUAUGUUAUGUUGAAUCUACUGCAAAAAUAAUCUUAUCUACUGCACACGACCUUCUGUGGAUGUGAAAUUGAGAUGGCACUGCCAAAGAGCAAUACAACAUAUCACUUUCAUGAGAUUCACGUCUAUCAAUAACCAUAUUCCCUCUGCAUAAUGUUUCCUCAAUCAUGUCGUAAAACCUGUACCCAUAUUCCACUGCUACAAUCGAACGCAUCCAUUUAUGCUCUGUUAAACUUGAAAGGCUUUGGUUUUAAGAGCAACUGAAUGUAAUGAAUGCGGGCAGCAAAGUCAGUGGUAUUUCCAGUAAUUGUUAAUGUUCUACAGUAUUUUUAGAUCAAAAUACCUUAUGUUCAGUACCUGUUUUGAUUAAACUGUGAAUGAAGGCCUCCCCGGUGGCGCAGUGGUCGAGGGCACUGCAGCGCUAGCUGUGCCACCAGAGACUCUGGGUUCGCGCCCAGGCUCUGUCGCAGCCGGCCGCGACCGGGAGGUCCGUGGGGCGACGCACAAUUGGCCUAGCAACGUCCGGGUUAGGGAGGGUUUGGCCGGUAGGGACAUCCUUGUCCCAUCGCGCACCAGCGACUCCUGUGGCGGGCCGGGCACAGUGCACGCUAGCCAAGGUCGCCAGGUGCACAGUGUUUCUUCCGACACGUUGGUGCGGCUGGCUUCCGAGUUGGAUGCACGCUGAGUUAAAGAAGCAGUGCGGCUUGGUUGGGUUGUGUUUCGGAGGACGCAUGGCUUUUGACCUUCGUCUCUCCCGAGCACGUACGGGAGUUGUAGCGAUGAGACAAGAUAGUAACUACUAACAAUUGGAUACCACGAAAUUGGGGGGGGAAAGGGGGGUAAAAUUAAAUAAAAAUAAUAAAAAAACUGAAUGAAGUUGUUUGAACCAAAAUGUCUUGUCAGAGAGGAGUGGACACAGGCAACAUAAUUACUAAUUAAAAUGGUUUGAACAGUAAUGACUUGUGAUACAAGAUGAGAGAAUGUGUCUUUACACUUAUGAAAAGGUAUAACUAAAAUUGUUCCUAUGGACAUUGAGUGGAGCCUGACCUUUGCAUCAAAAACACUUGCACAUAUUACUACAAGACAUUGGUUACAUUUUAACAACUUAAUGAAUGUGGAAACUACAACUAUUAAAAUAAGUCAUAAAUAGCUGACUUCAGUCAAAUCAUA